CGUACAUACACGUGUUGCCAGAGGCGUUAGUUCAAUAGUAUCCUGUCACCCCUCAACUAUAAAGUAUCAUUUAGGGACAAAUAUAUUGCCGCAUACUAAUGCACAUUCAACCAGAGUUGGCACGAUUUUGAACUUACCUUGUCAAAAUUAUUUAUCAUUAAUUCUUAGCUGAUUUAGCUAACGGACUAACACCAGCUAGCUAUAAUUGGGUAGCCGGAACAUUGUUUUCUUUGGAACUCUAGCUAGCUAACACAAACAGAACCAUGAUGUCAGAUUUGGACCUGGUCGGGACCAUUCAGGACCAUGACGAUGUGCCCGAGGAGCCUGAUUCAGAGUCUGACGACGAAGAUGUAAGUUUGGAAACAAGCGUGUCAGACAGUCUUCUACUGAUCAAAGUUGCUAGCUUGUUGGAUGUCUAGUAACCUGAGUGGAAGUUUGUCUAUUGCAUUUAGGCAGUCAUUCACUAGCUAGUUAAUUUACUCCAGGACAGAAGUGUCACUGCAUAUGAAAAUAAAUUAGACCCUGAUUAACUUCCUGGUGUGUUUCUCCUGGAAGUUAGUAUAAGUUACAAUACCAGACAUUGUGUGUCCUCACUCCACUCUUUGCUAACAGGAACAGCCAAUAGUACUCAACAAGAAGAAGAAAGCGUUGAAGGGCCAUGGCGCUGGGGACUUCAGCACUGACUUUGAGUUUGGAGAGCGAGAUGGACUCUACAGCGAGGACUGGGCCAUGGCAGAUGUGAUGGCACAACUGAAAAAGAGGGUUGGUUGUCAGUCUUAAGAGUAUGCAAUUUGGCAAAACUAGGUCAAGACUUGAAGCCUGGUUGCCAGUCUUGUGCUUCAGCCAACUCCUUUGUCAUUGUUGUAGCAAACAUAACUGUCAAAUUAGUUGGCCAAAGCAGAGACAGGCUGACAUCCAGGUACUUGCUGAUUCAACUCAGAAAAAGACUGACCUAUUGUUGCUCUGAGUCUGUGCCAAAUCAUACAACACUGAACUAAAUCUGUCCAUGUUGUUGUGCUGCUUACGUAUGGGUGGUCCUCUGUAGCUCAAUUGGUAGAGCAUGGCACUUGUAACGCCAGGGUAGUGGAUUCGAUCCCCGGGACCACCCAUACGUAAAAAUGUAUGCACACAUGACUGUAAGUCGCUUUGGAUAAAAGCGUCUGCUAAAUGGCAUAUUAUUAUUAUUAUUGCUGCAGAAAGCCCCCACCACCCUGGAUGAGAAGAUUGAGAAAGUACGCAAGAAACGCAAAACGGAGGUAAGAUGUCCUGUAGUUUGAAAAGGUAAAUUAACAUAGUUGUAGGUUGCUGUAUUAUGGAACCUGCAGACAAGACACAUGACAGUUCCUAUGAUGACUGCUUCAGUGUUUGUGGAUAAUGGCACGUUCCACUUCCUUCACUGUCUAAAUAGGAGAAGGCAGGGGCAAAGACGACAGAAAAACCAGUGAUUGCCGAAAAGGAGUCGGAGGACGCUGGAGAGGAAGAUGACGAGGAGGAAGAUGACGAUGAGGAGGAGGAGGAAGAUGAGAAACACGAUAUCGCUGAAGAUGGGGCUGAGGUAUCAAAUGACGAAGACCAGGGUGACGAUGACGACGGGGAGGAGUUUACAUCAGGGGACGAAGAGGUUCUCACCAAAGCAGGUGGGUAGAGCUUGAAGCAUCCAAAUUGCAUUGUUUUAACAUUCACUAUUGACACUCAGUAACUUUUAAACUGGGUUUUACUCUCACAGAUACUGUGAGGGACAAAGGCAGAAAGAAGAAGAAAACAGAAGAGGUGAGCGCUGAACAGAUGGAUGGUUUGCACUACUUUAGAGUUGACUGUUGACUGUUUCUGUUGGACCCUGUUAUUGCUGCAUUGUUAUUAUUCUGUCUUACUCACUCUCCACCUACAGCCUCCAGAGGCCUUCUUUGAAGAUGCCUCAAACUAUGACCACAAACUCAUGUUUCCUGACAUGAACCUCUCCAGACCUAUUCUUAAGGUGGGUCACGUUCACUUGGAAAUCUGUUAGAAACUGACAUUGUACCAAGGUUUGCUUUGGGUGUGUUCACUCAAAGCAGAGUAGUAGGCAUUUGCUGCUAUAAAGCAGUCAUGCAUGUAUUUGACUGAGACUAUAGUUUAAUAAAAUAAAAAAUAAAAAUAGCACUCUGUAAUGAACAUUGUAGCUAAAUAUCAGUUGAAUGUGUAAUUUAUGACAGUGUUGGCCAGAAAUUGAGAAGUUAGACAAGUGUGUUUCACCAUGUGUGUCCUCAGGCUAUCACCGCUAUGGGCUUCAAGCAGCCCACUCCCAUCCAGAAGGCCUGUGUGCCUGUGGGGCUUCUGGGCAAAGACAUCUGUGCCUGCGCUGCUACUGGCACUGGUAAAGGAGACGUGACAGGACACUCACACACAGACACAUGUACAGAUAGACACAGACACACACCAGAAGUGUCCAAAACAUUGUCAGACCUUUACUGCAUUAACGAUGGAAGAGUGUGUUAUGUUAGUAGAUUGCCAUGUUUUGGCACAGAGCUGCAGCACUCACGUUUGCUCCCCGCGAGAGUGCGCGCGUGCACACACACACACCAUAUUUACAAUGGUAUUGUGAAAAAUAGCAUCUGUUAAACCUCCCUCCUCCCCUCUCCCCUCCCCCCAUUCCUCCCCCUACAACUUCUCACCAGACCCCCCACCACCCCUCCCCCCCCAUUCCUCCCCCCCCCACCGCAAGCCCCACCCCCCCCCCCAUACGCCACCCCCAAUGCACCCCCUCCCCCUCCCAGAACUCAGCCUCCCCAAACCAGCUCCAUGCCUCUCCUCUGCUCCCCUCCAUCCUCUCCAUCCUCCCUCCAAUCCUCUCCCCCUCCCCACCCCCCAUCCCUCUCCCCCUCCCUCUCUCUUUCUUCAUCCUUCCUCCCCUCACAUGCCCUCCUCCUCUCCAUCCUCCCUCUCUCUCCUCCUCCCCUUCCCUCCACCCCCUCUUCUUCUUCCAGGUAAGACGGCAGCGUUCAUGCUGCCUGUGCUGGAGCGUCUCAUCUACAAGCCCAAACAGGCCGCGGUGACUCGUGUGCUGGUCCUGGUGCCCACACGUGAGCUGGGCAUCCAGGUGCACGCCGUGGCCCGCCAGCUGGCCCAGUUCACCAGCAUCACCACCUGCCUGGCCGUGGGUGAGUGAGAAAACCGGACCACUUGAUCCAAAAUGGCCCCCGAUUUUAGAGCCAAUAUGGCCGACGUCUGUGUCGAUCUCAUCUCUGGUAGUAUGAAGCUGGUUGGCAACAGUUGUGCAGCUGCCAUCCUAUUCUGCUCCCAGACCAUAGUAGUUGGCUGUUCGGUGCUAAUCGUGGACCAGGCUAUCAUCUUCCCACGCGAGUUAAUUUGAAUUUAUGAUUAGUUUAAUAUACUUUUCUGUUUACUCCAUGGCGUUAUUCAACGGGAGAUUUUGUCAUACAUAAGUUAUGAUGCAAAUAUUUAGUUGCAUGGAAUAUAACCAAUGAAUGUGUUACGUAAUGAUUUAAAGACAGGGUCAGGAAUCAUGCUGUCUUUUUCUCUCUGUGUUUGUGUGUGGAUGCCUCGUAGGGGGUCUGGACAUCAAAUCCCAGGAGGCGGCAUUGCGGAUGGGACCUGACGUCCUGAUCGCCACGCCAGGUCGACUGAUUGACCAUCUGCACAACACGCCCUCCUUUGAGCUCAGCCAGAUUGAGAUCCUCAUCUUGGACGAGGCCGACCGGUAAGACUGUUAUAGGCCAAUCCAUCCAUAGGAAUGAAUGAGACGCAGUUUUCAUAACUUGGUCUAGUUAUUGAUAUAAGUCUAUGGUAAAACCCCAUUCGUCUGGACCAUCUUACCAACAGAUACAGUAUUAAGGCCUAUCGUUUACAGGCUAAAUACAUUUUCAACAUAGGAUUAUUUUAUUUUUUUCUGGGUCGUUUUCAUCAGUAGGCAACAAAUGGACGAAAACAAAGUAAAACGUGGAGGGACUGCCUGGACUUUUGUUUUUGUUGCAAAACAUUAAAAAAUGUUUUCCGUUGUGUGCCCUAAUGAAUACAGCCCAGAUUUUCACUUGUAUUUUGUCAUUUCCGUGCAUCAUAAUAGUUCCCCUAAAUUGCAGGAUGCUGGACGAGUACUUUGAAGAGCAGAUGAAGGAGAUCAUCAGGAUGUGUGCCUACCAGAGACAGACCAUGCUUUUCUCUGCCACCAUGAGCGAGGAGGUGAGGAUGACAACCUGCAUUCCUUUAUUAUCAUCACAUUUGGCCACCAAACCUGGUCUAGGAUAAAUACAGGGUGUGUUCCAGCUCAGCGCUUACCCACCCGACUGGACUUGUCAUCAUCUUGAUGAUUGGCUGAAGAAUUGAGUCAGUGUCUGGUGAUGGUGCACCAUCAUGGCUUGUGUUGACACAUACUGCUUAUUAAUCCAUUCUGAUCACUAGUGAUUCGUUUUCCAUUCCUUUUCUGUGUCGUUUAUUGAAAUAGUGUUCUCUCUCACAAUCUCUCUCUUUCACGUCGCCCUCUCUCCCUCCCUCCAGGUGAAAGACUUGGCGUCGGUCUCUCUGAAGCAGCCGGUUCGUAUCUUUGUGAACAGUAACACAGACGUGGCACCCUACCUUAGACAGGAGUUUGUCAGGAUCCGACCGGCCAGGGAAGGAGACAGGGAGGCUAUUGUGGCAGGUGAGUGGUCUGGAUGACUAUCACAGUCCAUUUGUUCUGUAUACUGUGGAGUAUAGUACUACAUGUAGCAGAAAGUUCACUGUGGAGUAUAGUACUACAUGUAGCAGAAAGUUCACUGUGGAGUAUAGUACUACAUGUAGCAGAAAGUUCACUGUGGAGUAUAGUACUACAUGUAGCAGAAAGUUCACUGUGGAGUAUAGUACUACAUGUAGCAGAAAGUUCACUGUGGAGUAUAGUACUACAUGCAGCAGAAAGUUCACUGUGGAGUAUAGUACUACAUGUAGCAGAAAGUUCACUGUGGAGUAUAGUACUACAUGUAGCAGAAAGUUCACUGUGGAGUAUAGUACUACAUGUAGCAGAAAGUUCACUGUGGAGUAUAGUACUACAUGUAGCAGAAAGUUCACUGUGGAGUAUAGUACUACAUGUAGCAGAAAGUUCACUGUGGAGUAUAGUACUACAUGUAGCAGAAAGUUCACUGCUCAGCUUGUUCAACCUUGUGCUUUUCCAUUUCUCUUCCAAUCUGGUGAAUAACUGUUUGUGUGUGUUGUCUCCUGGGUCUGUGUGUGUGUUGUCUCCUGGGUGGGUCUGUGUGUGUGUGUUGUCUCCUGGGUGGGUCUGUGUGUGUGUUGUCUCCUGGGUCUGUGUGUCUCAGCCCUGCUGACGCGGACGUUCCAGGACCACGUGAUGCUGUUCACCCAGACCAAGAAGCAGGCCCACCGGAUGCACAUCCUCCUGGGCCUGAUGGGGCUGAAGGUGGGAGAGCUGCACGGAAACCUGUCCCAGACCCAGAGACUGGAGAGCCUCAGGUACCUAGACUCUCUCCAACUAAACUGCCAAGCUACACUUGGCUCCUAACUUUUCAGUGAAACCUGGGCGAAGCAGUGUGGCAGUUCUGCGAGAGGCUUGCUCAGCUUAGAAUUACCCUCUGGUUUUAUUUUCAGGAAUUCAACGCGUGGCUCACGCCGGAGAACUCUGGAUUAAGUGGGCUUGUGCUCUGCUCACGCCGUCUAAAGCUAUGCUUCCAGUGUAGCAGCUAAAACCUUACUGUUUUUGUGACGCCCCAGUGUAGCGCCCCUGUAACUCUGACAGCCCCAGUAUUUCCUGAUGUUAUACUACAGGGCCAAGCAAAGCCGAGCUGUACCGUGCUGGAAUGGUUACACAUCCAACAUAGUUGCUGGAACGGUGCUGUAAUGGACAAUGUGUAAAUAAACUAUCCGAGCCAACACAGUAGGAUUUGGGUCGGCCCUACAGUGUGACUCAGACUUAUCAGUUGAAUACAUACCCAGCCAUCACCACGCCUUGAGACGAAUUCAGACAAAGGUGAUGGCUGAGUAUACAAGUAUGCUGUGACUCACAAUACAGUAGCUGGAUUGAUCUCAAAAACUCAGUUUUCUGCUGUUCAUAAGAACAGCGAGGAGCAGUGUGACAAUGACAGUAUUGAGUUGAGAUGCGUUAACCCAAACAAGGGUUAUGUAAGAUGGAGUAAAUAAUUUAAUGUAUCUCAUCAUAGUAAAUAGUUUUGUAUCUCAUCAUAGUAAAUACGUUUGUGUAUCUCCAUCAUAGUAAAUAGUUUGUGUAUUUCCAUCAUAGUAAAUAGUUUGUGUAUUUCCAUCAUAGUAAAUAGUUUGUGUAUUUCCAUCAUAGUAAAUAGUUUGUGUAUCUCAUCAUAGUAAAUAGUUUGUAUCUCCAUCAUAGUAAAUAGUUUGUGUAUCUCCAUAGGCGGUUCAAAGAUGAACAGAUUGACAUCCUUGUGGCCACAGACGUUGCGGCUAGAGGUCUGGAUAUCGACGGAGUCAAGACGGUAAGGGUUAACUGUAAAGUGUUUAUGUGCUAGGAAAAUGUUGUUUCUAAGGAAAAUGCUUUACAAGAACACUUGACAUUAUUGAACUGCUUUCAUCACUGAUUAGUUAGACAAAUCACUACGGAGAGAGGGGGGAGGAGCUACCGCCCUGCGGAGAGAGGGGGAGGAGCUACCGCCCUGCGUAGAGAGGGGGGAGGAGCUACCGCCCUGCGUAGAGAGGGGGAGGAGCUACCGCCCUGCGGAGAGAGGGGGGGAGAGCUACUAAAUUGGUGUGAGAUCUACCUCCCUGCUUAAUGCGAGUAGCUGACGGAGAGAGUUGGGAUAUCAAACGCCUUCGAGAGAGGAGAACUCCUCCCUCGGAUAAGUAGGUCACCAGCCCAAGAGAAGCCCGCCUCGGAGAGGAGAUGCAGCUAACGCCCUCUUGCUCCUCCCCAAGGGGGUGAGCUUACCGCCCGAAAGGGGAGAGCUACCGUCUCACAGGGGGGCGACGGCCCGUGCCUGGGAAGGGUGGGGUGCUCCGUCCCUGGGGAGAGGAGGGGAAGAUGCUAAGGACAUUUGUUCGUAGCCCAUCCCCUGAACCUUUGCGUACUGACGACAAGUAAGUAAUCAAAGCUGGCAUACUGUAGAAGAAACCGUUUCUCUUAUGGUCCAUACCCCGAAGCUUUCUCGUAUUAAUCCCCGAAGCUCCUCAGGUGAUACAAAACACUGAACGAUGUCCUUGAGCCGCACUUACCCGUAAUUGCUCUGUGUCUGGUCGGACUAGGGUGGUAACCGAAAGGUCGCUGGUUCUAAUCCCCGAGCCGACUAGGUGAAAAAUCUGUCGAUGUGCCCUUGAGCAAGGCACUUAACCCUAAUUGCUCCUGUAAGUCGCUCUGGAUAAGAGCGUCUGCUAAAAUGACAAAAAAUAAAUGAAAAAUACCACGACCCUAUUGAAAUACUGCAGAAAUGCAUCCUUCCUUCCUUGUGGUAAGGUCUUUAAGUGUUUGGAUCGGUGUUAGCAAGGAUAUCACCCCGUUACUUUUACCAAUUCAAAUCUGCAAUUCCUUAAAGGAAGGAUUAAUUUUCUAGACUAUUCAAAAGUACAUUUCUAUCUCAAUGGGACUCACAUGGGUGAAUAAAUCAAACCUAAUAAAAGGAACCUUGGUAUACCUACCACUCAUUCAAGAUACUGUGUGUUGUUCAUUUAAAGGGAGAGUCUAGUCCACCAAAAAAUAUACAUUUGAAAGUUUUUCUGAAAUGGUUUUAUUCAAUUUCAUGGCCGCUAGGUAAAUGGAUGGAUCAUUUUGUUGAGGUUGCGCCUUUGUGAUGACUGUGAGCGGUUUUCUCUCCUUCAGAGGUGAUUCUGAAGUUGUCUCUCCUUCAGAGGUGAUUCUGUGAGUGGUUUUCUCUCCUUCAGAGGUGAGACUGUGAGCGGUUUUCUCUCCUUCAGAGGUGAGACUGUGAGCGGUUUUCUCUCCUUCAGAGGUGAGACUGUGAGUGGUUUUCUCUCCUUCAGAGGUGAGACUGUGAGCGGUUUUCUCUCCUUCAGAGGUGAGACUGUGAGCGGUUUUCUCUCCUUCAGAGGUGAGACUGUGAGCGGUUUUCUCUCCUUCAGAGGUGAGACUGUGAGCGGUUUUCUCUCCUUCAGAGGUGAUUCUGAUGUUUUCUCUCCACCAGAGGUAAUUCUGAAGUUCAGAGACCUGAUUGAGAAGCUGGAGAAGGACGUGUACGCCGUGAUGCGCCUGGAGAGAGAGGAGAGGGCCAUGUCUCACUCAGAGGCUCAGGUAAAAAGCUGCAUGUUGUGUGUGUGUGUGUGUGUGUGUGUGUACUUGUGUUCAUCUGUGUAUACAUGGUAGUGUAUUCCUAUGCUCAUGUGUGUGUAUUGUGUGUGUGCGCGCACGUGUCAAUGUGUCAUUCAGAUCAGCGUGGCACAGAAGCGGCUGGCACAGAACGCAGACGAGACGGAUCCCCAGAGGAUGUGGUUCCAAACGCACGACGAGCGCAAAAAAGACCGAAGUGAGUACCACAGACCAACACACAUUAUAGGCCUGUCAACCUCACUACUGCUAGAUGGAAUCUUCCUCACUACUGCUAGACGGCAUCUUCCUCACUACUGCUAGACGGCAUCUUCCUCACUACUGCUAGACGGAAUCUUCCUCACUACUGCUAGAUGGCAUCUUCUGAUCCCAGCAUGCCGUUAGAUGUGAAACUACAUAAAGUGCAUUACCAUGGACAGAAUAGCUCAUCUCACUGCAACCCAUGCACAUGAGCUCGACUACAGCUCAACUUAAACAGGCCCUUGACUAAGACCCAGCUAGGGUCAAAACUUUGUAUGUAAAUCAAAAUGAGCCUUUUGGGGCAUAACUGUCUGUGAGCUGAUGUAUUUGUUUUCUUUGAGCUGUUUGUGAGCACCUUGUAAAGGUGGGCAUAUGACCCCUAAAAGCACAUAGGGACAACUGAGCCCCAUUUGCAUCAUUCAUGAUUUAUCCCUUUCACCCUUGUCUCUGCCAGUGACCAAAGCUCUGGAGCAUCACUUUAACCGUUCACCCUUGUCUCUGCCAGUGACCAAAGCUCUGGAGCAUCACUUUAACCUUUCACCCUUGUCUCCGCCAGUGACCAAAGCUCUGGCCGACUUUGACUUGGCCCUGAGAGGAAAGAAGAAGAGGGAGAAGUUCAUCAAGGAGGGGAAAAAGAAAGAGUUGUCGGUAUGUGUGCUAAUUUAGCUUUUCUGGUAGACUACGACUUUGUGUUUGAUUUUGUUCAUCGUUUUCCUUGAUCUUCUGUCUUUUCUCUGUGUACUUAAAAAUAAUGUUAACAGAAUUCCCCAUUAAGGGUGUUUCCACUCAGGAAUCUUGAUUUUAUCGUUUACAUAUUUUAUAGCAUCAAAACCAUUUACAUUUGACUAAUAAUCUGCUGUUUAUGACCUCUGUUCACUAAAUAUUGUAUUGAACUAGUUCUAAACCCGUAAGGCAUGCAUACAGCUGAAAGUCCAACUUAGGCUAGCUGUCUCCAAGCUAUCAGUCCUGUCAUCUAGACAUUUAUGUUUACCUUGCAUUCUUUGCAGUCAUUUUGUAGUUCUCCGGGUAGACGGAUGUCCAUAUAAUCUGAGCUUUAUUACUUUGACCAUACAUUUAAACAUUUAAAGCUAGCUAGCUUUUUUCUUCCUCUACUUGUCACCACUGAAAUUCAAUUAGCUAUGGUGACAUUUAUGUUGUGAAUGACCACAUAUCCCUAUCAUUUCUAUAGAACUUAGAAUACAUGGUCAUAUACAUGUUAAUUAUACAGGAGACAAGGGUGAAAUGUUAAAGUGACGCUCCAGAGCUUUGGUAUCAUGGUUGAGGUAAAUUCCAUUUUUGGAAUAGGAAUUUCAGUUAACUUCCUGAAUUGAUAUGAUUUGACCCCAACCCUGUUAUGUGUACACACAUUAUUCAUCAUCUUUUUGUCAAGUGCUAUUCCGGUUAGCUAUGUAUAUUUUCACUGUUUUCUCUCUGUGUGCUUCUCAGUCCGAGGACAGAGCCCAGUUUGAGAUCCUCAAGUCCCAGAUGUACGCUGAGCGAGCAGCCAAGAGGGACCGGAAACCCAAACGAGCCAGGGCCAUGCCAGAGGACGAGGCCGUCCAGAAAGGUGGGUCUUCUAUCAUAUACUUUACAACUUCUAAUGACUCAUAUUCUAUAAAGAACUGGGCCAAUGUUCACUAAAAGUGCUGAUCCAGGAUCCGUUUAGAUCAUAAUGAAUAGGAUCAUAAUGAAUAACAUUACAUGGACAGGGGGUGGGGCCUGAUCCUAGAUCAGCACUUCUACUCUUUUAUUAUUUUAUUUGUAUUUUACCUUUAUUUUACUAGGCAAGUCAGUUAAGAACAAAUUCUUAUUUACAAUGACGGCCAAACCGGACGACGACGCUGGGCCAUUUGUGCGCCGCCCUAUGGGACUCCCAAUCACAGCCGGUUAUGAUACAGCCUGGAAUCGAACCAGGGGGUCUGGUUCCAAAAAAAUAAAAUAUGUAGUGACGCCUAUAGCACUGAGAUGCAGUGCCUUAGACCGCUGCUCCACUCUGGAGCUUUAUGAAUACAGGCCCUGGUCUUUCAUUUUCUAUGUUCCCAAGUGGCUUGUAAGACUUCCACGGCCACCACUAUCAUCCCAAUGUGGACAUUAAGCACUUUGGUGUUCAGGCACAUUCAUAUCUGAUUGCAGUGUGCAGGCACACCUCUUCCUGUUUUAACCAGCAGCGAACAAAAUGCAAUUGUUCAUGUUUUUUGUGUGUGAAGCAGUUGUUUUUUUGCUGCAUGCAUUGGGACCCUUGCUUUGGGCUCUUGUGUGCUUCCUUAAGAUGUAUGAAACUGUUUACAAGGUGCCCCUCCUUACAACUCUGUUAGACCAAUUCACCUCUGUUCUCCCGGGGAGAAAAACUCCCAAGGCCCCAUACUAAUACUCUGUACAUAACUAAAUACUGCAUAAUACUACGAAAUGGAGGUCACACAUAACACACAUAACUAAAUACUGGGUCCUACUACAUAACUAAAUACUGGGUCCUACAACAUAACUAAAUACUGGGUCCUACAACAUAACUAAAUACUGGGUCCUACAACAAUAACGAAAUACUUUGGGUAACUACUGAGCUCUGGACAUAACUAUGAUUGGUCACUUUCUGUCCUUAACUAAAUACUGGGUUCCCUACUAGAAAUAACUAAUUACUGAGGUCCUUUUAAACUACUGAAAAAGGGAACAAAAAUCCUACAACGGUAACUACUAAAACGGGGAGUGGUCUACAACAUAACUCAUGAUGGUUGUGGUAUUUCUGAGCCUUGGACAUUAGAAAAAAACGAGCUAAACAGAAAGCUGGUAAACCAGCCAAGAAGUCUGUAUUUGACAAAGAACUUACAAACACCAGUAAGAAAGCACUCAAGCAGUACAGAGCUGGGUAAGUGUCUUUCCUAAACGUAGUUAAUACCCUAACUGCACUGAAACGUUGAAAACCACGCAGGAAACCUGGCUGUAUGUAGGUGACGUGUAAUGUAUUUUAUUUCAUUUCGCACUCAGACCCUCCUUUGAGGAUAAGAAGAGGCUGGGAAUUCCAACUAACAAGAAAGGAGGCGGCUUUAAGUCCAAGGCCAAGUAAGUGAUGGGUCAUAUUUUGUGGAUUCCUCUUGACCAUAGCACAAUAUCCACCAGACUAUGAUCUUACAAUGGCUCAUGUUUAUCUGUGGUUUUCUGUCGUUUUUGCAGUGACACUUAAUUUUGAAAUAUUUAAAUAUAUUACCAGUGACAUGAUAAGUAUAACCGUGACCCGUCAUUAUGACCAAUGAUUGUUCCCAGCUUUGGGUUUUCUGGGGAGGGGGCUUGGCAGGUGUUUGAGUCACUGUUCAAAUUACCAUAACAGCUGCUCCAAUGCUAUCCAUGUGUACUGUGCCAUAAAAAUAUAAUUAAUUAAUUGUAUUUCUAUGCACUGUAGUAUUCUGUUGAUACGUUGGUUCUGUUUGAGGUUUAGCUCCAUGUGUCCUGUAAUAAUGUUUUGAUGCGUUGGUUCUGUUUCAGGUUUAGGAGAAAGUAAGAGUUGCAUCAAUGGGAAAAUGACAAGACAUGCAAAUUGGAUGGAUAGAUUCACCUCCAGUGUAUCUUUUAUUGAUGUUACAAGUGUCUUUCUUCUUAAAUCACUUUUCAGUGAGAUCAUAAUGGAAAGAAAGCAUGACUACAAAGAGAGAGACUGAAAAGGAUUUAGCUGAAACCCCUUAAUUUCAUUAGCCUCAGAUUGUUCUAUGUGCCCUCUCUUAGUUUGACAUGUCAGACACACAUGCAAACAAACACACAUACAGGUUGCAGUGUGUAACCAUACCAGGGUUUUAUAUAACAUGUUGUAGCUUCAUUAAAAAAUAUAGUGCUGAGAAACAUGUCCUUUGAAGAUAAAAGUUUAAUAUGUAUUAUUCUGAGUGAUGGGUUUUUCAUGCAAGUCUCGAAUGGCCAUCAGCGUCCUUGCAGCAGUGGAAUCCAUGUAUGGGAUUAUAUGUUGGUUCUUGUUGCAAUAAUGUAUCUUAUAAAGUCUACAAAAUGGUGACUCAUGGCCUGUUUUCAUAAAACAACUAGCUAGUCCACGAUACAGCCUCAUCCCCAGGCUCAGUUGCUACAACAGAGAGAGCGAUUCAUACCGCUGCACUGGCAAUCUUUUAACUUCCAAAGUGUUUAUGAUUAGCCAUACUGACAAAAAAGAGCACCUUAGUAUUGCUCAAUAUGUGUUUUCGUAAACGUGAAAAUGAUUUUUUACAUUUAAGUCAUUUAGCAGACGCUCUUAUCCAGAGCGACUUACAAAUUGGUGCAUUCAAUUUAUGAUAGCCAGUGGGACAACCACUCCUUUUUUUAUUUUUUUUAUGGGGGGUGGGGGAAGAAGGAUUACUUUAUACUAUUCCAGGUAUUCCUUAAAGAGGUAUGGGUUUCAAAUGUUUCCGGAAGGUGGUCACUGACUCCGCUGUCCUGGCGUCGUGGCCAUGAUCACUCUAUAAAGUAAUGUCAACAUAAUAUUUUACCAACAGUAGGGCGUGUAGUUUCAUUUGUGAUUCACCUGCACUUCAUAUGUUGGAAAGCGAAACUGACCGCAAACAGGAACUGGUCUGGGCCCAUUUCAAGAGCACUUCACGGAAUUCCCCAACACUGAUCUGCAUAGACGAGGACUGUAACAGAGCGAAUCAUUACUGUUAACCAGACAAGGACUACUGAAAUACGUUUAUUUAAAAGUUUUAUGUAAUCUGCAAAUGGGGACCGAAAUCCCAUGAAAAAUAUUAAGACGUCCAUCAAAGGUAAGCAAUUUUAUUGAACUAUGUAGAAUAAAAAUGUAUCACAUAUGACCACCCUAUUUCGACUAGUAAAUACAACACUGGAUCAGAUGUAAUGUCAGUCACUGCUUGAUUUAGACACUUGGGGAACAGUUCAAAUCGUAUUCCUUGUUUCAAAAUUGGCACUGCUUGUCUUCGUGAGAGGUAUUGGCAUGUUAAAAUCACCGACCUGUCUGUUUAAGCGACUAGCGCACAGCUCAGACAUCCAUACAUGCCACCAGACGUCUUCGCAGUCCCCAAGUCCAGAACAGACAACGGGAAACGCACAGUACUACAUAGAGCCAUGACUAUAUGGAACUCAGUCAAGCAAUAAAAUCAGAUUUAAAAAACGGAUGAAACUACACUUUAUGGAUCAGCGCGGAUUGUGACGAGACAAACACAUGAUAACACACGUACUCUAUACAAAUUGUAAUAUUGUUAUUUUGCUGUAUUAUUGAUUUUGUAUAGCAGAUAUGUUAUGGUAGUGUGUAAUAAUGUGUUGUGUUAUGUAUUGUUUUAUUGUAUGUAAUUGUGAUUGGACACUUAGGAAGAGUAGCUGCAGAUCCGGAAUAAAAUACAAAUACAAAUUAUUCACUAUUCAUUUGCAUCAUUCCACGACUGUCCUAAAACACUGACAUUUUGGGGUGAAAUAUUCACCUUUGGUUUCGAGGGAUCCACAUUUAUUUCGAUAGAUAUACUGACUGUUACAAUCAAUGUAUAAUUUAUUCACUGUAGCCAAGUGACGUAAUUUCAGUAGAAAUGAAACCUAUACCAUUUCCACGUUAAAAAAAAAAAACGUCAUAUUUGUCUAUCCACUAGAUGGCGUACGGCAUCCACCACAGUAUACAAUAAUCAUGCAUCAAUAUUAAGUUUGCCUCUGUUUUGGAAUGAGUUUUAACAAAUUGAUCAAUUCCAUUGUUAUAAACAUUCAAUAUGUGUUAUGCUGGGUUUCAUUUCUUGUCCUAGAGGACCAAUAGUAGUUCAGCCUGAAUGGAAAACCCAAACAGGGGCAGGAGAUGGAGAGGUAGAGGAGCCAACCAUGUCGAUCACAGAAUAGGUAAGGAGAUGUAUUUUUUGUUUUGUAUUAAGUAAGACAUGAUUGGUAUUUCCUCCAUUAGAUUGACAUAUAUUUCCCUGUUAUUUGCCCCUCAGGUGCUGAGGCUGGUCAGAGAGAAGAGGAAGGGAUAG